CAUCAUCCGGUUCUUGGCUCGUUUCGCAACCCUAGCCGCUCCCUCCUCACUCCACAGCCUCGCCCCGCACACGCACCCGCCAAGCAUAAAUACUCGGGUCGCAGCACUCUUCUCUCCCACCCCGGUCCCCGAAGAUGAAGAUGGCGCUGCUGUCGUCCUCCCCCUCCUCCUCCUCCUCUUUCGCUCGGCCCGCCGCAGGCCUUCCUCCGCCCCGCAUUUCCUCCAGGCCCCCGCUCCCUCUCAAGAACCGGUCCCUGGCCUUCUUCCCUCGUAAAAAUGGAUUUGAACGUUGCAGAAAGGUAGUUAGGAGAGCAACUACAUCAGAGGACACCUCGAGUCGAUAUCCUGGUGAAGAUCGCGAUGGUGUGACAAUUGUUGAAGAGGUUCCGGUUGAAACGAAUACCUACGCUGAAAAGUUCCCAUCGGAAGUUCCCAAAGAAGAGUCACCCGCGGAUGUACAAGAACAGUCUUUUGACUUUUUGGAGAAGAUCAAUUCAAAGGUUGACCCAGAGGAUACGCUCCCUAUUCUCUUAUAUGCUAGUGGUGCAGUGGUUGCCUUGUGGUUAUUGUCCGCUGUUGUUGGGGCCAUUGAUUCGAUUCCAUUGUUCCCUAAGCUGUUGGAAGUGGUGGGUCUUGGCUACACCUUCUGGUUUACUUCUCGCUAUUUGCUUUUCAAGGAAAGUAGGGAAGAAUUGGCUAUCAAAAUAGAGGAGCUUAAGAAGCAGGUUCUUGGUUCAAACGACGAUUAACAUAGCACAACCAUAGAGCAUCUAUUCUUCAUGACUUUGCUUUAUUUAGGCAGAUGUAUAGUUGGGUUUUAGCCCAGUGGAGUUGACACACAGAGUUAUGUAUAUCGGUUUUGUUUGGGUUCAAAGUAAAUAUAUAUACAUGUUUUGCCAGUUGGGAUUCACAUAGAAGACUUUCCUGUUGCUAUCUGUGAGCAGCUAUGCCCAAUUCAAGAACUCUACUUCUGUUGAGUCUCAAGGUUGGGUCCAGGUUUAUUAUGUAGCUUCUCUCUUCCUUCGACCGGUAGUGUCAUUCACGAGUGUUCAUGACAAUGGUGAUUCCCAUGAUCUGGGCAGGCUUCUAGAGUAGCCUGGACGGUUCGCUGUUGAGCGUUUUAAGCCCUUGAUCUGCUUGAGUGCACUUUGGAAAUUGAAGUCUUGAUUGCACAAGGGAGGAGGAAGAAGAAGCCUUGCUUCAGAAAGUUCUCUGGCAGAGAAUGGUGUUUCCCUAGUCCUUCAUUUUUCUUCUUUACCUUGAUGGCAUAUUAAAUGGUUCAUUUCUCUUCUUUAA